AUGGAGGUACAGACUUCGCCGGCGAGUACUUCCCAGUCUCACUAUGGAUCAGUACCCAGUCAAGCAUCACCAAUGGACAUGCCUGCCAGUGUGACCGGUGGUACACAGCGGGUCUUUGAGCUUGAGAAUCGAGAUACCAUUCGCCAAUAUCUGGACACAUACUUUGACAAGUCCGACAUCGCCGACUGUGUCUUUCUUCAUCGAGCUACAACAAUCGCAGAAUGGAGUCAGGGAAAGCUUGAAAAGACUUUACUCAAAGCCAUCUGCGCUUCAGCACUGCGAUUUGCACCAACAUAUCACUCGGAGACCUCACCAGCGCAUAAUUGGAUAAAGCAAGUUCAGCAUGAGCUGGUCAAUCAUAUGGGUGACAUUUCAGUACCUAAACUACAAGCUCUCAUGCUUGUAAUUAAGUUCCUCUUCUCCAUGCGUUUCACUGGCGAUGUCUGGGUCCUUCUCUCAAUUGCGUCAAGAGUUGCAUUCACCAAGAGGCUCAACUACGAACGCCCAGCUAUCGAUCCAGUCAAACAAGAAUGUCUUCGGCGAUUGAUGUGGUCUAUCUACGUUGUUGACAAAGUUUUCUCUGGUGGCAUCGAAGAUCUCACUGUUUGUCCUACGCAAAGAAUGCAUAUUCGCUUACCGAGCAGUCAUCAUAACUUCCAACUUGGCUCAAGAUCAAAAGCGCCGUUUUUACGGAGUAAGAAUGAGAAUGAUACAGAUUUAAAUGUCCUGGCGUACUUGAUGCGGCUGUAUGACAUUCGAGAUAGAGUCCUGAGAUACACCAGACAGGUCAUCCUCGGUGGGGCGAGUCCAUAUCUCAGCAGGGGCCAGUUACGCUCACUAGACCUCGAGCUGACAUCUUUUGAAGAGUCAUUGCCAGAUGAACUACAACUCACUGACAACAGACUUAUGAUAAUGUGUCACUCCGAAGAAGCACGUACAUAUACAACCCUCCAUACAUUUCUGUUCAGUUCUCGAUGCGACCUUCACCGGUUUCUUAUUCCUGGCAUCCGAGAAGCUGUGUCGCCAGAAGCAUUCGGCCAAACGCCACGAGAAUACAUCGACUACUGCCAGCAACAGUGUUUACAGACUGCACUGAGGUACAUUGACAUGUGGUCUAAGGUUCGGCAGAUGGAGACUAGUAGUCGUGUCGGGACACCAACAUUUGCAGUAGUGACGUACCAAUUCGUCAAGAUGGUAGAUCAUCUGGCUGCUCUGCUUCCAUUACAUGGGGAGUCAUCUUUACCGGUGAUCAAGCAGAAGUUUAUGGAUAUUCUACUCAUUGUUUCGGGUAGUCGUGCUGAAGUUGGUUGGAUUGGCUCAUGUGUCACCGAUAUCGAAAACCUUAUACCACGAUUAGGUACUAGACACAUAUCUCCUGGCUCGCCAAGUGCAUCACCAGGGACAAUCCGUUUACAGGAGAAGCUGCAUCGUCGUUCUAAGCAUGCCUUUGCGCCAGACGAUGAAGAAGAGGAAGAUCCCGCUAUCCGACCACCAGAGUCCAAUACUGGCGAAGAGAUACCAGAGACGUCUCUCGAGUCUGCAGCAUUUGAGAACCCUGAAGGGCAAGAUAUCUGGUCUUUCCCAGUCCAAGGCGAUGAACAAGGUUUGACUGGGUCAACCGGGGACGGGUCUCUUGGUUCAUUCUCAUCUAUGGGGUAUCCUCUUAUCAACUAUGACUCUAUCAAUUCGACUGACAUGGUGUUCGGAGACCAAGAGCUCGGUUUCCCGUUGGAUCCCUUUGAUCUGCAGAUGAACGCUUAUACUGAUGCCAAUGCACCUCAAUAUUGA